AUGUCUCCACAAUCAGCCCGCGCAGAACUGACACUCGCCGACGCCGCCAAAUCAGGCGGCCCCGAAGAGGUCUCCAAAGAGACAAUGAUGGAUUUUUAUCUCCGGGGCCAGAGUUCUACAGCGAGUGUGGCAUGGGAGGGUUAUACGACGAUCAUAGUCACUCCUGAAGAUGUAGCUUUCUCCUCAGAGGAGGAGUUGAAGGAGGAGGAGGAGGAGAAGAUGCGCCAGAGGAUUUGGUAUCCUGUGCGGUAA